AAGCUUGUAUGCAGACAUAUGAGAGACUGGUACAGUAGGUUUAUGAACAGAAGCUGAAGCUUGUAAACUUAAGCUUCAGGUCAUAUACAGAAGUUUAGUUACAGAUCUUGUUUAAAAUUCAAGGGUUAUCUGCCUCUCGCCUUUUCUUUUUCGAGUUUUCCUUGCAUAUUUGCCAAUGUCUGAAGAAAUUAUUUAUUCAAAUCUAAAAUUCCAGGACUCCAAUAAGAUAGAAAAUACCCAGAACCUUCAAAACCUUGGGAAAAAAGCAGCUUCCGUUCCUUCCCCUCUAUGGCGUCAAUCAACCUUGAUCCUGACUCUCCUAUGCCUUCUGCUGCUCAUUGGACUGGGAACCUUGGGAAGCGUGUUUUAUAAAACUUUGAAGUUAGAAAGGAAAAAACUGAAUAAAUUGCAAAAUGUCAAAGAGGAACUUCAGAGAAAUGUUUCCUUACAACUCAUGGAUAACGUAAGAAGCUCAGAAGAGAUCAGGAACCUCUCUAUCACACUGCAAAUAGUAGCCACCGAAUUGUGUCGUGAGCUAGAUAGAAAAAAACCAGGGCACAAAUGUAAACCUUGUCCAAAGGGUUGGAUAUGGAAAGAAGACAGCUGUCAUAUCCAAUUUCCUAAUUAUAAAACAUGGCAAAAUGCUGAAAUCCUCUGUUCUGCCCAUAAUGCCAGCCUGCUACAGGUUAAGAACAAAAAAAAAUUGGAAUUAAUAAAAUCCCUUGAAUUAUAUAACUAUUGGCUAGGAUUAUCUCCCAGCAAUAACAGGAACUCUAAAACACUUGAUGACAUGAUUAUCUCUUCUGCCUGGUUGAAAAGAAAUAUAAGUGACUUAAAUAAAAAGUUUUGUGGAUUUAUAUAUGGAUCAUAUGUUGAUUACACUUACUGCUCUGAUAAAAAGUACACUGUUUGUGAGAAGAUGGCCAAUUCAGUGAAUAUUGAAAGUGUAUUGAUGAGUAAAGUUCCAGAUGGAAGAAUGUAGUUAGUGCAAUUAUUUUGCUCAGCUAAUAUCCUGAGGUUGAAAGGAACUUUGGGCAGCAUGCAUCAUCUGGAUCACACAAGUUGGAUAAAAAUGAUAAUAGUAAAUUGCUGCCUCUCUCCUAAUAUUUACGUUUCAGACUUCAGACUUUCUUCUUUUGCCUCAUUUGCUGGGUGUAAGGUAUCUAAAACCUUAUCUUCUUACUUACAUGCAGACCAGAUAUUGUUCAGCAUAAAGACAGUGUUUCUGGUAAAUACAGGAAUCUGAAACUAAUAUUUUCAUGCUUUUCCAGAAAUAAACCAGGGAAAUUUCAACCUUAUAUAAAAUCAGAGAAAAUUAAUAUGGGAAUAAAUAAAACAAUACAAUAUGAACAAUUUGGAUUUAUUCUAGUAAUAUAGGUUGAUUAGUUUUUGAAAAAAAUGACAGAAAAAAAGUUUCAAUAAAUGUAGAAAAAGUAUUUGUUGAUGUACAAUACACAAUCAUAAAAUACUCAAAACUAGAAGCAUAUUUCUCUAAUAUGAUAAAGAGUGUUGAAAUAAAACAACCUUUAAACAAACAGAAAAUGCUAAAGUUACAGUUAACAGUUAACAUCAUACUUCUAUUAAGAAAGUGAAAAUUUUUCUUUUGGGUCCUCUGGAACAAGAUGAGGAUGAUCUUUUUUUAAAUUUUUUUAAUUGUAAACAAAUGGGGUAAAUCUUGUUUCUCUGUUUGUACAUGAAGUAGAGGCAUACCAUUUGUGUAAUCAUACAUUUAC